UUCAAACUUUUUUUCUGUCGGCUCGGCAAAUGUCGGCCUGCAAACAAAACGUUGCGUCCCUAACCUGCCGCCAAUAUCUGAUCCCAAGUGUUUUUAACUAUCGCAGUUGUUGUCAUUGUUACUGUCGCUCUCGUGGUGAUCUGAUCAUCCACAAUGGAUGAUGAUGUGGUGGAGCUGAAUAACAUUGAAAAUCUCUGUAGACUUUGUCUAUCAACAGAGGAUCCAAAGUCUCCAAUAUUCGGGCUCCAGGAGUCUCCAGUUUCGCUGGUUGAAAAAAUUCAGGCUUGCCUAUCAAUCGAGAUAUUGUUGACAGAUAAAUUAUCAAAGUUAAUAUGUAUAAAUUGCCUGAAAAGUGUUAAUCAGUGGCAUAAUUACAAGGAAUCAUGUCUCAAGUCACAGGAAAAACUCCAGCGAUGGCUUGUCAAGCAAAUUAAUUCUUCUGUUGCUGUUGUCGCAACAAUAAAGCCCGAGCCUCUGGACAUAGAAGUGUACGAAGACAAUAUCGAGAUCGUUGAAAUGUCCGAAGAUGAAUUGCAAAACGAGUUAUCAAACCGUAGUACAGAAUCACCAAACGAUAACGCUCUUCCAGAAUUAGCAAUACGUGGAAGCCGUCGUAGAUUAGACAUAAAUUUACACAACAACACAGGUAAAGAUAACAAUAAAUAUAUAAAAUCAUAUAACCAACGUAUAGUAUCAGAUAAUAAUGAUGAAAUAAAAUUAGAACCAACUGACGACGACGAGGACGAUAUCGAUUGUAAUGUUGAUGUUGAGUCAAUAAACGAAAAUGACAAUGAAGGUGAACUAUUACUAAAUCCAAUGGCACUCGGUGCCAGCAAAAACAUGGAACCAGACUCUACCCAAAAAUUUAACGUACGUGCGGUAAAAAAAAAAGUCCGCCGUGGGCCGCACACUCAUUUCCGAGGCCCAAAAGUAUUCAAACGUCGGUGUCCUCAUUGCCAGCUGACAUUGCACUCAAAAUCCUCAUACGCACGUCACAUAAAUCGUUAUCAUAACGACGCCCAACUUCCGUCAGCAGUGACGGCCGUCAAUAAUUCCAUUGGAGGAAAUUCUCAACAGCACCAGGUACCACACAACGGACUUCCCUAUUCAAAAGACGACGACAAUUCAGCAGCCGAAGAAAUAGAAGACGUCGAAGACGAGCUGGUGAGUCUGGAAAAAGACGCGCCGUUGACUCAAGUCCAAGAGUCAAUUAUCAGUCAACUGAAAACCUUUUCUUGCUACGCCUGCCAGCAAUCAUUCAAUGACAGGCGCAGUACAUUAAAUCACAUACGUCAGCACAUGCCCGACUUGAGACCCUACACAUGCAUCGCAUGUCUCACUGAGUUUCCCGAUCGUUCGAUUUACAAACUACACUGCGGCGCUUCAUUUGAAUGCGCGAUGAAAAUAGCACUCGUGGUACCCAAACACGGUACAGAAAAAUAUUUCACAUGUAACAUGUGUUUGAGACCGAUGCCGAACCGCAAAGAACUGAUAAGUCAUCUGUCAAAACACUCAGAUCGUCAGUACGAGCAAUUGACAGCACCGCCAGGCACCACCGGUUCAAAAAAACCGCCAAAAUUAAAACCCAUUGGUUCUAAUUCUGGAUCCGCGAAUGCUUCAACUUCAAAUUCAAAUUUAAAUUCAAAUUCUGCAGUCGCUAAAUCAACAGCUGCCGUUUCGACUACAAUCGGACCCUACAGAAAUGGAGACCCAGCUCACAACCACACCUGCGAUUACUGCGGUAUGAUCUAUCGAUACAAACCCAAUAUGAUAAAACACCAAGACUUGUGCAAACGUUUGCCUCCAGAGGAACGAACUUCUUAUCGCUGCGUCCACUGCGGAAUGACAUUUUUGGUGUUCAAAAAAUUCCAGUCCCACAUUACCACUGAACACAACAAGAAAGAAUUAAUUUGUUUUGUAUGUAAUGGCAAAUUCCGGUACUCGAAUGAAUAUUUGAUCCACCACCAGAAGCAUCGGAUGAUAAACAAAGCCGCAGAAACUCACGCGUUGAAUCACUGGAACAAAACGGUGACGAUGAAAUAUGGCUGCGCUGUUUGUCCAGAGCAAUUUGACACCAAGGCAGAGCUGAAUGACCACCGGUCAGUUCAUCUGAAGCUAAAAAUAUUUUCCUGCAGCAUUUGCCGGCGUAUGUUCGGAAAUUCUCAGUCGCUGCAGGAACACGUCAAUGAAGACCACGCACUUGAAGUAGACCCAAAUAUAUCAGCAAUUGAUUUUCUUGACCAAAGCACUGAGUUGCCAAACACCAGUGGCUGGUCCGUGAACACUGACCCGGGGGUGCGCAGUACCGAGUGCACGAUUUGCGGGAAAGUAUUUGCGAAUUAUCCGAACUUACGUCGGCACAUUCGUUCGGUUCAUGCUGCCGAUGAACGUUUCAAUUGCAACAAGUGUUCCAAGACAUUUAGUAACGACGCUGAGUUGAGUGAACACACUGACAGCGCACAUGCUGAGCAGGUCACCAACCGCUGCAACUACUGCAAGAAAAAGUUUGACAGCAAGCAUGGGCUCGACGUCCAUCAGCGCAACGCUCACGGAAUAACUGACAGCAAAUUGGCCUGCGAUAUCUGCGGCAAAGAAUUCGGGAACGAGACGUCUCUGAAAAUCCAUCGCGGCCAUCACUUCCGGCGCGACUCGCGACUCAGUAUCCGGAACAUGCCCCACCCGAUGGACCAGGUCCAGGUUGAAAUAAACGAAGCAGAACCGGAAGUUGACAUCAGUACCCGACCCGGACGGGCUAGAAAAUCUCUGUCGAAUACGUCGUUGUCUUCAUCGCCGAAAAGUUCAUCGGAAUUAAAGUGUCAAGUUUGCGAUGACAAAUUCACUGACGUCCACGAUCUGCGUAAGCAUCUUUGGGAUGUCCAUUGCGCUAAAAAUAAACCCGAGAAAUCUUUUACUGAUGACAACAAUUUGCAAUGCGAAUUGUGUACGAAUGUCCUGCCGGAUGACAAGAGUCUUGAAGAACACAUGAAGUGGCAUAAAGACAAUCCCAUUUUGUCUGACGGGUUGCAGCGGCCUGUUGACAUUUCCUGUGACGUCUGCGGUAAAUUUUACAGCUCGACGAAAGCUCUUUGGAAGCACAAAAAAUUGCACAGUAAAACCGGAGUGACAAUUAAAUUUCAAUCGGUUAAAAAAUCACAGCCUGCGCAGUACCCGUGUCCGGUUUGCCGCAAAGUAUUUGGAAAUGAAACUUCAAUGAAAAAACACAAAGCCGCAGCUCAUUAUGCGCGUCGCAGUAUCUCCGUUGUGACAACGACGACUCCCAAAGUGACGUCACGCAAAUCGUCGCAUGACGAUGAAGUUAAACCCAAAAGACCUAAACUAGAUUUUGAUAUCAUCAGAAAAGCUUACAAUCUUGAGCCAAAUAAUUAUAAUGCUGAGGUCAGUGGAGGUCCCAGUAACAGUAAAAAACCCGUGUCUUGUGGAAUUUGUAAAAAAUUACUGCCCAGUAUGAAUUCGCUGUACAAACAUCGGCAGAAUGUCCAUAAAAAUUUUAGCAAGUCACUGGAUAAUAAUGACGACAACAGCGCACGUGCUCACAACGACCAUGAUAAUGAUGACGAGGCUAUUGUUGAUAAGUCCCGGGUGCCUUGCACUGAGUGCGAUAAAAUAUUUUCUAAUAUGUCGAAUAUGAAGCAGCAUUUGACGAAAGUACACGGGAAUGGGAACAAAUAUUACUGCAGCGCUGACGGUUGCAAUCAAUUAUUUAACUCACCUUUGGCUAAACAGUUACAUGAAAAAUCACACAUGAAUGUGUUGUACAGAUGCACUAUAUGUUCGCGGCACAUGUUUUUACGCAGUGCGAUAAUCCAGCAUCUCGUUACGGAGCAUAAAAAUGACUACUCACCGGGUACUGAAAAAAGCCUAUACAAAAAAACUGACCUCAGUAAUUACCAAGUUCACGGAGCGGAAGGACGCGUAUGUCCGAUUUGUAAUAUUACUUAUCCUAAUAUUAAAGCCAUGAAAAUUCAUUAUGUUAAAAUACAUGAAAAUAGUUAAGAUUUGGUUUAAUUUUAUUUAUUAUUUUAAGGACUGCAGAUAAUUCCCGCCACUUUUUGUUUAAUUUAAAUGACAACUGUCGGCCAUAUUUAAUAUUUAUUAAUUAGUUUAAAAAAAAAUUAAAACCUUGAGGAUUCUUGGACGUGCCCCCACUUUUUUAAAAUUUUCAAUGACUAAAUUGUAGUGACAAAAUUUUGAUAAUUAAUUUUAAAAAAAGUUUAAGGAUUAAUUUAAAAAAAGACAAUUUAAAUGCAGAAAUAAAUUAUUUACAGUUAUCAGUUAGGAGUUAAACGAAAUUUUUUAAAUAAUUUUGAGCCUAAAAAAUUUGAAAAUUUGAAUUAUGAAAAUGACAUGAAGAUUUUACUGAAAAAUUUCAUUUAAUUUUUAAUUAAUAAAAAUUGUAAAUAAUUUUUUUUUAAAUUUAUGCGUUGCCUUUUUUUCAAUUAAUGCUUUUACUUUUUUUAAUUAAUUAUCAAAAUUUUAAUACGGUCAUUAAAAUUUAAAGUUAUUAAAUAUUUUUAAAAAAUGGGGGCUAGAGUUUGAGAAUGGCCUUAAUUUAAAAAAAAAUGAUGUAAUUUUACCGAGGUAUAGAAUUUUAAAAAAAUUACUUGCAGUUGGAAACCGGAAGCUUAGUGAAAUUUGGAAAAUAAACUUAAGUAAAAUCUGGAACAUUCGGAUCCUCUACUCCGGCGCAAUGGCGCGCCUGCAAUAUACCCGGGAAAAUUUAAAUUCAUAAUUAAAUUAGUAGUAAAAAGUGAAUAACCAAUAAAAAAAUGUAUGAAUUAUCAAGUAUGCUGAUUAAAGUGAAAUUUUAUCGAACAGAUCUGAGUAUUUCGAUUAUGAAUAAUUUUGUAUAUAGGAUCAAUAUAUAUAUAAAAAAAAUACAAGUGUGAAUGAAGCAGUCAUCGCACAAAUUUAAAAUUAUAAAUAAAUAGAGUAAAUAAUUAAAAAAAAAAAAUUUAUAAAAAAUGCACUUAUUAAUUUUUAAAUUUUUUAAAUGUGCAUUUUUUAAAAAUUUUAUUUUAUUGAUUAUUUACUCUGUUUAUUUAUAAUUUUAAAUUUGUCUAAUAUCUACUACAUUCAGACUCGAAAAAAUCAAUCAUUAAUAAAUAAAAAAUAUAAAUAAAAAUCUAUUUUUAUUUAUGUUUUCAAUUAAUUAAUAAUUUAUAUCGAUACUAUUUAUAAAAAUUAUUCAUAAUCGUUACACUAGAAUUUGUUCACUUGAAUUUCAUUUUAUCAAUACACUUAAUAAUUCAUACAUUUUUUUUUUUUUUUGGUAUUUACUUUUUUUUUUUUAUAAAAAAAUUUAUUAUGAAUUCAAAUUUUCCCGGGUAUCUGGUGGUCGUCACAGUAUCCGGACAGCAGAUCACGACGUUAAUGUCAAUUUUGUAAUUUAAAUUUUCAAAUUUUUUAAGGUAAAAUUUAUUCAAAAAAUUCGUUUAUUUUCUAAUUGAUGACAACUGCAAUUAAUUUUUAAAAAAUUCUACAUAUCUUAUUUUCAAUUAAUCCUUCAAUUUUUUUUCAUUAAUUAAUAAAAUUUUAAUGUGAUCAUGACAGUUAAAAGUCAGUGCAAUUUUUCAAAAAGUGGGAGCACUGUCUGAGAAUGCCCUUAAAUUGUUCUUUUUUUUUAUUUGAUAAAAAUAAAAACAUCUUGAUGAUUAUUAAUUGCGUUAAUAAUUAUAAAGAUUUUUUUAAUUCUCAGACAUUUGUUGUUAAUUAUAAAUUAAAUGUAAAUACUGACAUUUUCAUAAAAUAAUAUCUUAAUAAUAUAAAUAUAUAUACAUAUAUAUUUUUUUUUUUAAAUAUAGUAAAAUGUUUUUUUUCGAGUGAUUUUUUUCCUUAACUAUCUUCCGAUUUAAUGAGUAAGUUUACUUCCCUUAAUUAUUAUAAUUAUUAUGUUAAUGAAUGAGUAUUGAUGACAGUUGUAAAUCUCCGAAUGAGAGACAAUAAAAUGGAUGUAAUUUUUUAAAUUAUAAUUUGUAAAAGUAUAAUUAUCUUAUAAAUUAGUAAUUAGUAAUUUUUUUUAUCUUAGGGUAUUAUUUAAUGUAUUACUAACUAUUAGUUAAUUUAUACGAUUAAUCAAGUUCACAAACAUGUCACAUGAUUUUUAAGUAUAAGUAAACAAAAAAUAUAAAUUUACUGUAACUUUA